AUGGGCCAGCCAACGGUGAUAGACGGCGAUUUCGAAACUGAGUUACGUCACCAUUUGCACCAUUUCAUAUGGAACAAACGAGAUGUAGGAUAUUUCCCGUUACAUGCCCUCAAGUUUGCUCCGUCCGCCGUGCACGAUACUCACUUGGCUUUCUUACGCGCCGGUGCCCGGAUAAUAAGGACUAACACAUUUCAAGCGUCCUUGGAUGAAGCUAAGAAAUUUUAUAAUCUCGAUUUGAGUGAGUAUACUGCACUGAUACACAAGGCCGUGAAAUUGGCCAGAGAGGCCGUGGAAAAUUAUGGCAAAGAAAUGGGAUACAAUUUAAAUUCUGAAGAAUACAAACGUAGCCGACCUUUAAUAGCAGGAGUCUGCGGCAGUCAUGUAAUUCUGACUUCCCUCACAUCACCUAAUGUAAACAAUCCACGGCGCAUGGUUAAAAGGAAAGAAGAAUUGAUAAAAUUUCACGAAUCUCGUGUGAAAAUAUUAUUGACGGCUAAUGUCGACCUGUUGGCAUUCCAGUGUAUAUGUACUUUGGAAGAGACUAAGGCUGUAUUAGAUAUAUUAAAACGGUAUUCGCAAGUUCGCGCUUGGAUCUCUUUCUUUUGCAAGGAACAUGGAAAACUAAAUGACGGUAUUGAAUUUGGAGAGGUAGCUGCAUUAUGUCAUAACUCCCUUCCCAAGCAAAUUAUCGCGAUCGGUGUUGACUCAUUGCAGCCGGAACCAAUAAUCCCCUUUAUGCGAAUCGCUAGCGAAUUCCGCACACCAAAAAUUCCAUUUCUGUUACAAGCAUGCAAACGUCAUAUAUAUACUAUGAGGAUAUAUACUGAUAAUGAACUUAGCAUGAUGAUGCCUCUCGAUGAUAUAAAAGAGUGGUUUAAAUUCGGAUUAAGUUAUAUUGGCGGUGGUCCCUACACAGACGCGGAAGACAUAAAACAGAUUUGCAAACAUGUGGAAAAUUUUUACGUGUCCUCAGUCCAGGACAGUCCUCAGCCUUUCACUUCUUUUAAACCACAGUCCUACAAAAAUAACAAAGCUCUGGCCAAAUUAUGA